ACAACUGGAGAAGAACGAAGAAGAAGAAAAUCACUUCCGCACAGUCACAACUUCCCCGCCAGGUUCGCAGCGCUUUCCGUCACAAAAUGGCUAAAUUGAAAGACAAAAGGCGAGAGAAAAUCAGUGUCGCCACUGAGAUUGAUCGUUUGGAGGAGCGGCGGGCGCGUUGCCACGACAACCUGGAGAGGGCUGAGUUCAGGAGCAGGAGAGAGAAGCUCUCUGACAAGGACAGGCACGACCUGGAGGAUGAAAUGACUAUCAUCAAUGAGAGAGUCAUGAAGUUAGACAAGGAGCUCGAGGCGUUAAGGGGAGAUAAUCGGAUGAACAUGCUGCUGUCGGUUGCUCUGCUGGUUGUCAGCGCUCUCUUCUACUUUGUCUUUUUCUACAACGAAACGGGCUCCUGAUUGCCGCCCGGCAACUUGAAAGCGGCCUUGCGUCUUGAAAGAACAAAUGACCACUGGGCGACGUUGCCAUGCGAUGACGUACAAGGUUGCCGGCGGAGACGGAGCGCUGAAGCCCUUCAGUUUUCCCUCUAGAUGGCGUCAUGGUCAUCGUCCCGAUCCCUUCUCGUUUCUCAUGCACAUCUACUUGGACCGGAGUAAACGAGAUAAUACCGGGGUAAACGGAGUGAUUCUCUUUCCUUCAGCUUGUACACAGGUCGGUUUUCAUUGCUGCAUAAAGAUUUCAGUGUAUUUUAACAUUCAAAAGUUUACCCCCCUUAAACACUUCAAUGGAACGUUUAUUACUUUUGCCUUAUGCCACAAUUAUACCAAAGUAGUGAUGCUUUUGUACAAUAUAUCCUUCAUCUAAAUGGUGCCAAUAAAGUUUGCUUGUCUUUUCGUUCACUUAAAAAGGAACGUGUGUGAUAAUGCAUGGUACACAUGUCAAGUGUGCAGUUAAAUGGUUGAAAAUGACACAUUUAGUUUUUUCUCUUGAAAUAAGAGUUGCACAGCAUGUUUAAUCGUAACAGCAUACAGAGAACCGGAAGAAUGUAAUAUUAUGUUUUUGAUACUCAUGCUGGCAAACGUGUUGAACACGUUCAGAAAUGUCUGUAAUACGCAUGUGAAAAAUUAGCAAUAAAACUCAUCAUGGAUCUAUUUGUUUAUUUCAUGCUUCUCAUCAAUAAAAGUACUUGAUGCCAA